AGUCGCUCCAGGCAGAGCUCAGCGGAGGCCUCGGGUACCUGCCUAACGGAGGAUUUCCUUGACGAGUCGAUCGAUCGAAGUCGAGCAUGGCGAACCAACCCGUCGCGGCCGCCUUUUUCGGCGAGCAGAAUUCCUUCGAUGCCAGCAAGUACACGAACCCCUAUGGCAACUACACCGUGGUGGACACCGUCACGGAGGACAUGCUGCCCUUCAUCGACCCUCACUGGUACCAAUUCCCUCCUCUCAAUCCCCUGUGGUACUCCCUGGUAGGGUUCUUCAACUUCGUGUGUGCAAUCCUGGCCAUCUGCGGCAACUUCACUGUGAUGUACAUCUUCAGCACAACCAAGUCCCUGCGCACGCCCUCCAACUACUACGUGGUCAACCUGGCUCUCUCAGACUUCACGCUCAUGUUCUUCAUGUGUCCCCCGCUCAUCAUUAACAGCUACUACCAGACUUGGAUCUUCGGGCCGAUGGCGUGUUGGCUGUACGCUGCCAUUGGGUCCCUCACCGGCUGCUGCUCCAUCUACACCAUGGUCCUCAUCACCAUGGACAGAUAUAAUGUCAUCGUAAAGGGAAUUGGAGGAAAACCUCUCACUUCCGGCCGCGCAAUGAUGAACAUCUUGUUCUGCUGGGUCACGGCCGCCUUCUGGACCUUCGUUCCCUUCUUCGGCUGGGGGAAGUACACCCCCGAGGGCAACAUGACCGCCUGCGGGACCGACUACUUUUCCAAGGAUAUCAACAACAUGUCUUACCUUUACUUGUACGCAAUCUGGUGUUACCCUAUUCCUUUGUCCAUCAUUGUCUACAGCUACUUCUUCAUCGUGAAGGCGGUGUCGGAGCACGAAAAGCAGAUGAAGGCACAGGCUGCUAGAAUGGGCGUCAAGAGCCUACGCGGCGACAAAGACUUGCAGAAGAAGUCCAACGACUGCAAACUGGCCAAGAUUGCCUUGAUGACGGUAACCCUGUGGUUCAUGGCCUGGACUCCCUACGCGAUGAUCAACAUGGCGGGCUUCAACUACCCCUCCCUCGUGACGCCUCUCUUCUCCAUCUGGGGCUCCGUCUUCGCCAAGGCCAACACCGUCUACAACCCCAUUGUCUAUGCCAUCAGCCAUCCCAAGUACAAGUCGGCCCUGUACCAGAAGAUGCCCUGGCUGAGCUGCCAGGGCGAGCCCGCCGACGACGACUCCAAGUCCAAUGCCUCGAACUCGACCAGCGCCGAGGACAAGGCCUGAGUCUCCUGAGCGUCCGCGAGCACCCAGCCUCUCCCUGUUCGUUGUGCGGAUAACAGGUCUUGAGGUUUCGACUCGAAUAUUAGCCGUGGGUCUACGCCGCACGCUAAUAUAUCUCGAAAAAGCGCUAGCAAACGAGCAAAUCAAUUUAAAAUGUUUCUAUUGUAUCUUUAUCUUACUCUCGUCUGCAGACUACCUCUCCCUUUGAAUAAAUCUUUGCAAUUUC